AUACUCUGUUAGAGAAGAAGUGAGUGGUGGCGUGCGGGAGACGCAACCGCAGCCAUGUACCACAACAGCUCCCAGAAGAAAUAUUGGACUUUCAAUAAAGAGGCCAACUUGGAAAAUUUAAGACUUGAGGCGAAUCAGAAGUUUCGUGCAAAAGCCCGAAGUCUCCGAAAGCCUGGAAUAAGUGAGUCCAUGUUUCUUGAUCCCCGUGAAGAGAACGUGCUCUUUAGACACUAUGAGAAGAGACUGCUUGACUUCUGUGCAGUGUUCAAACCUGUGAUGCCCAAAUCUGUCGUGGGCACGGCUUGCAUGUAUUUCCGAAGGUUUUAUUUAAACAACUCUUUAAUGGAGUACCACCCAAGGAUAAUAAUGUUGACGUGUGUGUACCUGUCCUGUAAGGUGGAUGAGUUUAAUGUUUCCAGCACUCAGUUUGUGGGAAAUCUUCAGGAAAAUCCAGCAGCUCAGGAGAAAGCUCUGGAGCAGAUCCUGGAGUACGAGCUGCUCCUCAUUCAGCAGCUCAACUUCCACCUGGUGAUACACAACCCGUAUCGGCCACUCGAAGGCUUUCUCAUAGACCUGAAGACAAGGUAUCCGCUGUUGGAGAAUCCAGAGAUGUUGAGAAAAAGCGCAGACGACUUCCUGAACAGAGCAGCAAUGACAGACGCAGGUCUUUUGUUCUCUCCGUCCCAGAUCGCCCUCACCGCCGUCCUCAACAGUGCAGCACGAGCAGGUCUCAACAUAGAAACGUAUCUGACUGAAUGCAUGGGGCUAAAAGAUGACAAGGAGACACUUUCCAAGAUGUACGAUGCAAUGAGGCGAAUCACAACUCUCCUGAAGGAAUACGAGCUUCCCAAAUCCGAAGAAGUAAACGUUUGCAAACAGAAACUGGAAAGGAUUCAUGCAGAGUUCAGCAGCAACACAAGUUUGAAAAGGAAGCAUGGCUAUGAAGAUGACGACCACGUUGUGAAAAAGCCCCUGGUUACUGAAGAGGAGUGGACCGAUGAAGACCUGGAUGUUUUGUAGCAUGGCUAGUACAUACGGUUCAUUAAAUGUACAGAUUCACUUAGCGCCUUAGUCGAGGUGAGAAACAGAAGCCAGUGCUUUCUAUUUUUGUAAAUAACUAGGCAAUAAUUGUCUGCUUGAGUUGUACUGUCCAACAGGGACUGAAAAAUAAACUGCUGAAAAUUAAA